CCCGUGGGUGGUGAGUGGUGAGGAGCACCGACAGCGAUCGUUUACAUUGUAAAUCAACACCGGCGCGCUGCGCGUAUUUUGCAGCCUUCUCGGGUUGAUAGGCAUCAGUUCGACUUAUCUCGCCGUGAGGUGUGGAUCGUGUACCGACACCCCGGCUACCGUGCCAAGCUACCACCUCACUAAGUUUUCUGUUUUAAAGAGACAUUUCCGCAGUGUCCUGCUAUGGGAGUUUAAGACUGUAUACUGAGACAAUAGCUUGUGUUAACGUGUAAAGGAUUGUGUGGAAGCCUGUCGGGAUGUCCUACCCACACUUUGGAUACUCUUUACCGUCGUCUUCUCAGUUGCUCAUGUCCAGCCACGCCGCGUCGUGCUGCGAGGCCGGGCGGCCCAUCAUGUCGGACCCGCACACCGGCCAGGCCGUGUGCUCCUGUCAGUACGAGGGCAGGGUGGCCGGGCUGGUGCCGCCACGGGUCGGUGAGAUGUCCCUCAGCAGCGUGUACGGCUCGCCGUACGCCGGACAGGGCUACAUCGCCUCCUUCGGUGCCGACCCGUCGGCCUUCUAUUCCCCGUUGGCGAACCCGUACGACCCGUCGGCAGGUCUCCAGCAGCCCACCGCCUACUACCCGUACGACCCGGCCACGUUAGCCGCCGGCGCACAGUACCAUCCUUACGGCGGUUAUGGUCCGAUGGAUGGAACGCCUCGGAAAAACGCCACCAGAGACGCCACCAGUACCCUCAAGGCCUGGCUCAAUGAGCACAAGAAGAACCCGUACCCCACCAAGGGCGAGAAGAUCAUGCUCGCAAUCAUCACCAAAAUGACUCUAACUCAGGUGUCCACAUGGUUCGCGAACGCCAGGAGGAGACUCAAGAAGGAGAACAAAAUGACCUGGUCGCCGAGGAAUAAGAGUGGGGACGAGAGGAGGGAAGACGGGAGCGACAGUGAGAACGAGAAUGAAGACGAGGAGGGGAGAGAAGGCGGAGAAGACAGAAAUCAGGAGGAUGAGAGAGGGCUGGAUGGAGACAGAGACAAUAAGGAGUUGGAUGUGGGAAAUCCUUGCGAGGAAAGCCGACAGGAAGACAACACCAGCGGGUCAGUAUCGGACUAUCGGCCGCCGCCUCAGUCCUCCAGCCCCGCUGAUUCCCUGGGAUCUAUUAGUGCUGCACCGAGACCGGCCAGUCCCGAGCCCAGUCCGGCCGCGAACUCUGUACCGGUCCCGCCGAUUCCUUCCGAAAACAAGCCAAAGAUCUGGUCCUUAGCCGACACGGCGACCAGCAGUAGCCCGGGGUUGAGAUCGGAUCCUCCGCGGUCCCUUCCUACCGGAGCUAUCCCGACCUUACCUGGACAAUUCCCCGGGCACAGGCCCUUCGACUCUGUAGCUAACCUCCGCCACUGGGUGAACGGUUUUUCCCAGCCCAUUCGGACUCACGCCAUGUCUUCCUCGGCGCCAGGAGCCGCUACCUCCGUAUUUAGCUCGGGACAGUUACCGACAGGCGUAUCCUUAGCGGGACUUCCCGUCAGGACUCUCUCCGCCACGGCACCGACAGGAGUACAUGCCUUCCUCGGGAGAGAGCACGCCUUCCCCGGAGUAGCCAGGACACACUCACCCGGUACAAACGAAGUGUCAAAUCCAACAAACCCUAGAUACCGAGAAGGCCCCUACAGCGAGGGCCAUCCAACCGCUUUCAAACCGGUACAAAAGAGGUAAGCGAGGUGUAAUCCACCAGAGGACCAGUCUCAGCCCCGAGAGUUUGACGCCGCCGUAGCGCUCACCAAUCUGUCUUCAAGAUAGCGCCGGUGGGGAUCGAACCCGUGUGCUCAAGUACCGCACCCUGGUGUCGUGUCUUCGCCCGGCUCCUGGUAUAUGGGAGGGGAGAUAAGUCGUUUUACAACGCUUUCAGACAAACAAAAGACAGAUCAUCAUCGUAUCACAGAUCCAUCAUAUCUCUGCUUCCAUGUGAUAAGUAUAUCUGUAUAUUUAUUUCUCCAGACAUGAGGGCGUCUUGGGCAUAAUUGAGUCUUACUGCGUCUCAGACACUUGUCAUCAAAUGGAAAUGUAAUUCCAUUUUCUCAUUAGAUAUUUUGGCAUUCGAUAAUGUAUUUCCUUUUAACUUAAGACACGACCAAUGCACUAAUCAUUCCAUCAAAUGUCUCUCGAUGUCGAUGGUACAGUAUUUAACGACAUGUCAAGAUUUUGUGGAGUCUUAAUGCGAAUCCUGGUGUUAUGCAAAUAUAGUAGAAAUGCUGCUAAAAGAGAGAGAAACAGUCUGAACAGCGACUAUUAGUGAAUUCACGAGGGCGAUUACAUCUGUGUAUUUUGUAAGGGCUUGAAAUGACCGUUCCCAGAAAUUGAAGCCAGAUUUCUGCCAAAGACUAUGUCUGAAUAUGCUGCACUUUGUAUAUUUUCUAUGAGAGAACCACCUGUACAUAAUUUCGCGCCAUAUUGUGUGAAUGUCCGCUUUCACUGAACAGGUAGUGAAGUGGGCGGACUUGUCUUCUUACUUUUUCAGUCGAUUUUGUGUGCGUAUUUGUUAUUUGAAGACAAGAGUGUGCAAGAAAAAAGAGGAAUACUCUGUGAUUUUCUCUAGGUACGGUUUUUGUAGUAAUUCUAGAUGCCUGUUGUUGGGCGGUUUGCCCAAAAGCAGACGACCCUGUGUUUUUAGCAUCUACAGUGUUACAUGAAGGAGUUUGUUUGGUAUGAGUUGGACCACAGGGGAUAACAUGUUGUGUUGUGUCGUCUUAACAUCCUCUGUAAACUCACCACUUUCGCUCCAGUUUUGGAAAACAAAAAACCUACAAAUAAAUCCAUUUUUGAG